AGCUGGAGACGCUACGCGCUCAGCUACGUCGUAGCGAUUUGAACAUACGACUUUUACCGCGUAAAUUUGCUAAAUUAUGCGCGUUGAUGCGAAAAUUAUUCACCAAUCUAUUUAGGCGCUUCUCUAAAUAAAAGUCUUAAGUCAGUAGUCGAUUGAAGUAAAUUACAUUGAGUGGACUGUAAGUAAAUGAAAGUAAAAAUGUGCUCCUUGAUGGUAUUAAGUAUUGUAUCUCUAUUUGUGGCUGAUGUGUGGACUGGAACUUUACUUCGCAAAGAAUCAUCGCCGCAAAGAUGUCACCACUGCGUCCAUAAUGCAACGUCUAAUUGUGAACAUCUCACUGCAGCGCCGGUCCUUUGUCCAGUUGGAGAGCCUUUUUGCGCCACUGUAGCCAGGACGCCUAAUUUUACUUCAAUACUGACAUGCGCAGCGGCGAAAGAGUCACCCUGUUUAGUAUCGUUUAAUUCAAAACUGGAAUUAGAGAUGAGUUGCAUAUGCACUGAGCACCUCUGCAACGUGCCAUUUUCAACGCAGUUACGGAAUGAGCUACUCAAUUUUUCAUUGAGGAUUCCCGCUAACACGACCGAGCUCACUGAAACGUUCCUGAAAUCCUCAGUUUUUGCAAACGUGACUAAAACGGAGUUGUAUAAAUUGAUAACUAAAGUGAGCGAGGCGACGGAAAGUCCGAUAGCGUUUUCCUCGCAACCAACAGCGAUUGCUUUAGUAUCGAUUGGUAUUUCCGAGAUUGGGCCACGUGCUGAAGCUCUGAAGCACGAAGCCACUGUGCCACCUGAUGAUGAUGAGGACGAGGGGGAAGGAAGUGGGUCAUUCGAGGAGGCGAGGACACAUGCAGCACCCGCGGCACCUAGUUCUUACCUUCCAGCUGAAGAAAACAAGUCUGCAGCUAUGGAUUUCAAUUUGUACAUUUUCGUAUUCAUAUCUUCAAUGUUUCAUUUGUUCACAAUAUUGUAAUAUUAUAUUGAGAUAAUUUAUUUUUUUCUUAGAAAAACGUUAGUAGACCUUUAAAUAAGUUAAAUAGUAUGUACAUAUAAUUAUGGGAACAAAAGUUGCAGUUCUAUCUUUGUAUUUAUUUAGGACUCACGAAAAAUAAUUGCCAAGCUAUUUAGCAAGUAAGUGUCAAUUUUGAGCCAGAAAACCGUUGUUACAAGUUUAUUGUAAAAUAAUAUAUAUUCAGCAUAGUCCAAAAAGCAUCGCCCAUUUAUAUUGCUUAUCUUAGAUAUUGAAAAUUGUGUCAAAAUGUGUCAAAAAUUUU